AGCGGGGGGCAGAGCAGAGCCAGAGUGGAGGGGGCGGGGAGCAGCACGCAGAGCUGCAGCAGUGCAUGCCUCUUUUUUCCUCAACUUCCUCACCUUUUCCCAUCUCCACUGCUUCUCCUCCUCUCCCCAUUUUUCUCCUUUGCCUCAUUGACUGUUUUCCCUCCCUUUUCUCUCCCCUCCCUUUUUUGUCUCCUCUCCUCUCUUCUCUCAUUUUCUCUCCCACUUCUCGUCUCUCCUUCCCUCUCGUAUCCUGCUCACUCCUCUCUUUUAUCCCCCUCACUCUCCCCCCCCCCUUCCUCUCCAUAUCGCCCCUUGUCCUUCUCCCUCCUCUCCUUCUCUUCCCAUUCCCUCUUCCCUCCUCUCCUCUCUUCCCUUUCCCUCCUCCUACUCUCCUUCUCUCCACUUUCCCUCUCCCUCCUCUCCCUCUCUCCCUUUUUCCCUCUCCCUCCUCUCCCUCUCUCCCUUUUCCCUCUCCCUCCUCUCCUUCUCUCCCCUCUCCUUGUCCCUCCUCUCCUUCUCCCUCUUCUCCUUCUCCUUAA